CGGACUAAUAACGUAGACCGCUAGAACGCGUCUGACUGCCAGUCAUUCCCCGCCAAUUGAUCCAUAAUUCUGGUCCCGUCGAGUGUUUUCUUCAUAGUUCCACCCAGAAGAAGUGGCGGUCUCUGUUUAGUUCGUCCUGCGUCUUUCCGGGGAAUUGCGGCAAAAAGAGGAAAAAAAAAAAAAAAAAAAAAAAAAAAGAGGAGGCUCUCUCCGCCUUGUUUGCGGCCAGAUUGGCGUGACCUCAGCAGAAAAAAAAAGAGGAUCUCCGGAAGUCGGAUUCCUUUUUAAUUUUCCUCUCUUCUUCGUUCUUCCUUUCUUUUCUUUCUCUCCCAACCUCCCCCCUCUUCCCCUCCCAAAUCCAUGACCCAUUUGUUAUCGCAGGUCUCUCAGUCCUCUCUGGGCGAGACGUGUGCCUUCUAUUUGGAUUAUAUUGCAGGCAACGUCCCCCCGUCGCUGCGCUCGUUGCAGCAUAAAUUUGUCACCAACACCCUUGCUCCGCACCCGCACUGGAUCGCCGACCUUCGUCACGUCUUCGCCGCCGACCAACACCGCGCCACCCUCGUCGUCGUCACUCUUCUUCUCGCCAGUGCCAUCGCCGCCGUGGUCAUCAUGUCGUGGCGCAGCCGCUUCACCAACCUUUGGCCGUCUCGGUCCCCUUACCCGCACGUCAGCGAAAGCGAUUAUAGCUACAUCUCGCCGGAUCAGAUCGUCGAGCCGCCCUCCCGCGCGUACGACGACCAGGACAACGAGCCCGAUACCCUGCUGCUGAAGCACCGUAAGAACACCUACGAGCUGCGAUUCCCCGCGUACGCGAUCAACGACGGCGUGCUCAGCGUGGGCCAGCUGAGACAGCGGGCCGCGGAGGUGACGCAUGCCCCGGACCCGAAACGAAUCAAGUUGCUUUAUAAGGGGAAGCUGCUGGGCGACGAUUCGCUGCCCUGUCGGUCAGAGGGACUCAAGCAGGACUCCGAGGUAUUCUGCGUCGUGUCGGAGGUGCGCCCGGGCGAGAGCACGCCCAGCGACCUGUCUGACGCCGAGGUCGAGAAGUCCGCCGUGGGAGGAGAUGCGUCCGAGACACCCGAGAAGAGGAAGCGCAAUCGCAACCGGAACAAGAACAAGAAGGGCAAGGGCAAGAAUAAGGACAAGCGCACCGGCGAGCCCGGCCCCGUGCCCCCGGCAGUCGAUCAGCCGAAACCUUCGUCCUCGGGAAUGCCACCCCCGGCGCCCAACCUGAAGGCCCUCCCUACCGCGAUCGAGCAGGUCUCGGCGCUGGCCGGGUAUUUCUACACGGAGCUGGCUCCCCUGUGCGAGGCCUACAUCGCCAGCCCGCCGACGGAGCAGAAGGCGCGCGAUUUCGAACACAAGAAGCUGAGCGAAACCAUCAUGGCGCAAGUGUUGUUGAAGGCGGACGGCAUCGAACCGGACGGCCAGGAAGACACUCGCAAUGCGCGCAAGGCGUUGAUCAAGGAAACGCAGUCGGUCCUCUCAAGACUGGAUCAAGCAGAGAAGUCAUAACCCUCGGGGCCAUAUCAUGAUAGACCUAUUGGCAUGAACCGUUAUCGGUGUCAUGUUUCCUGUAUAUUUGAAAGAAUCUAUGCCCAGAGUUGCUUUAUUUACUCUUUUCCAU